AUCAUGAAGAAGAUGCAACACAGACAUGUGGUGGGCAUCUCACAUAGUUUUGAAGACCAGCACUAUGUGUACAUCUUCAUGGAACUGUGUCAUAGGCAGGCAUGCAAAGAAGCUGAAAUUUUAAAGAAGAUGCAACACAAACAUGUGGUGGGCAUCUCACACAGUUUUGAGGAUGCGAGAAACAUGUAUAUCUUUAUGGAACUAUGUCGUAAGGAGACAUUAAUGAGCAUCAAAAAUGCUCGUGGGACUCUGACCACCCCCGAAGUCCGUUAUUAUAUGCGGCAGCUGAUUUUGGGGUUGAAGUACAUCCACGAACAAGGUUAUGUCCACAGAGACAUCAAAUUAGCGAAUUUGCUAAUAAAUGAGAACAUGGAAAUAAAAAUCGGAGAUUUUGGAUUGGCAACCAAGCAGGACCCAAGGGAUAUACAACUCUGUGGGACAUUCCAUUAUAUUGCUCCAGAAGUGUGGAUAGGGGAGGGGCACGGACCAGAGUCUGAUGUUUGGGCAAUGGGCUGUGUCAUGUACCAGCUUCUGGUUGGGAAAUUGCCAUUUGAUGGCAGUGAUAUAAGAGAAAUAAUUGUUUCCAUCUUGGGAAGGAACUUCACUGUGCCAAGGAAAGUCCCAAAAUCAGCCAGGAGACUCCUUAAAAAAAUCCUUCAAGAGAAUCCACAGGAUCGACCAACUCUGGAUCAGAUUCUCCAGGAUAAAUUCUUCACUGAGGGCUUCACCCCUGAGGAACUUCCUGACAGUAGUUGUUAUUCAGUGCCACAGCUGGAAGAAAUACAACAUAUUCAACCAGUAAGCCGUGUCAGGAGGUUCUUCAGGAGGUUGACCCAGUGCUUCAUUUGGAGGAACCGAUCCAGAGUUGAGUCUUCAUAUGUGGAGCACAGCAGGGUUCAGGUUGCCCAGCCUGCGGAGACACCCAGCAUCAGACAGGUGGAACGCAGGCCGCUGAUCAUACCGCUAAAGGAAGAGCCAGCAAAGUCUCCCUGUUAAAGAAAAGAUAUACCAUACACUGGGUCAACAACAAGGGGCAGCAUGGUGGUGCAGUGGUUAGCACUGUUGCCUCACACCUCUGGGACUCAGGUUCAAGUCUCCGCCUGGGUCACAUGUGUGCGGAGUUUGCAUGUUCUACCCAUGUCGUUGUGGGGUUUUCUCCGGGUACUCCGGUUUCCCCCCACAGUCCAAAGACAUGCUGAGGCUAAUUGGACUUGCUAAAUUGCCCAUAGGUGUGAGUGUGCCCUGUGAUGGGCUGCCCCCCCCCCAUCCUGGGUUGUUCCCUGCCUUCUGCCCAGUAGGAUUACCAACUCUUUUUGGCCAGCCUGACCAGAUGAAACUGAUGACCGUUUGGAGAUCUGCAUCAUUACGCGUGGCCUCUCUAAUGUCGUCUAUUCUAUGAACUGACAUUGGCCUACUCGUCACCACAGCCUCCACAAAGACCUCAACAUCCUCCUCUGUGUUGGACAUUGUCUCAUCUCUCAGUGGGUUUCUGCUCAGUGUGUCAGCCACGGUUAGUUGCUUGCCUGGCAGAUGCACGGCCUUCACAUUGAAACGCAUGAGGCACAUCAACAGACGCUGGCACCUAAGUGGUGCUUUGUGUACACUGUAAAAAAUGACAUUUUUUUCAGAAUUUUAGACUAUUUUUGUUAAGAAGUAAAAUCGGUAUACUCAAAUUGCAGUAUAUGUUUGCUAUCUUAUGUUGUGAUAACUAUGAGGUAGUGUAUUUGUUGCCACUGAGGGGCGCUGGUGCCACUAUCAGUGAGAUUUUUUUUAUUAUUACU